AUGGAUCCUGCAAAAUCUGGGUCUACAAAUGACAUAAUGGAAAAGCUACGUCUAAAAUUCUCACAGAAGCCAUGGAGUGAAACUAUGGAGCUGGUUCGUCUCUCCAUGACCUGUGAAGAUCUUUUGCAGCUUCUGAGAAUGGAAAAUUUUGAUGCCUUUGGAAACAUGGUGGCAGACAUGUUAAAUAUUUAUCAGAUUCCAGGAAGCAGUGAAACAAAAUCCAAGGUGUUUGCUGCCUUCCUGGCUUUGGAAAAAGACCUCUGCUCACUGUCUGCUUUGAGCAGAACACCAGGUAUGGACAGAGUCACUGAAAUACUAUGUGGAAAAGUUGGCUAUCUGAACCCAAGAAGUGGAGGAAGCCCUAUGAACCUUGAAUUUUAUCUAUCGCAGUAUCAAAUUCUAGAGGAACAACUCACCCCAGGCUUGAAAAUAGAUGGCAGGAAGGUGCUUGUCAUAAUAGGAGGGGCUGAUACAGUCCACCGCCUCCCUCUUGCGCCCUCACUCGUGAAUUCGCCAACUGAUGGAGAUGGCAGCCCCAGAUUCCUGCCUCUGAAGGAAGUAAUUUCUGCACCAUUAUCAGCUUGCUUUUUCCUGAUGUUUUCCCAGAACUGUCCUUUUCCUCUGUCUUCAUCCAGUAUUCAUAAACUACAGGAGCUUACAGGGCUUCCAGUUGCUAGAUUGAAGCCAGGUCCUCUACAUGAGCUGAUUGUUCAGUUUGCCCUUUCAGAAAAUCAUCCACAUGGUUUGAUAACAAGUACUUCUUCCUUCAUUGUGUCUCUUCCAGGCUGCCCAAAACACAGCUAUUUCCUAGAUAAAGGCAUAGAAAAAUCUGAUACGGCUGGAGCAAUGGUCAAGAAAAUCCCUUUCACCCAUCCCAAAUGUGUGCCUGAUAUGAUUGAAGUUCUCAGACAUCAAGCAGCAUAUAACACCCUCAUUAGCAGCUGUGUGUCUGAGACAACUGAGUGUGAAGAUUCAUCAGACUUGCUUCAUUUUGACGUCGUUCAGCAAAAAGCCACUAGCUUUUCAGUAACAUUCCAGCAUCCACUGGAGGAGAACCUAGCCUGUGUGACGGUUGAUGUUCUCAGUUCAAGGGACGUUAUAUGCACUCUUCAUACACAUUCUGAAGAUGGAGCAUUAAUCUGCAGCAAUGAUUAUCUCACAAGAGUCCUGAAGCGGUGUAUGUCAAUUCCGGUUCUCAUGAGAGCAAUUUUCAAGAAAGCCACUCAACAAAAAGCUGAGGAAACUUCUCUGAGCAAAGACGGAGUCUGUGAGGAAAACUGCAAAGACCAACAAGUUGAACAUAACCAGCAGUAGUGUGGCUACUUGUGAAACUGAGCAACAGCAUUAUUAUUUUUGGUGUAAUACUUGGUUUAUUUCUCUCACAAGUUACAACUGGGCAAAACUAAUUCUGCUUAGUGAAAAACAUU